CCGCCAUUUGUCAUUUUUUUGGCAUGCGCGUUCGGUGAAGCUACGAAAAUUGUGCUCCUGAGUGUUUUCCUGUAAAAGUGAAUUCAAAACUUUGUUUGUGAAUCGUGAAAACUUGUGUUGCUCUGUGAAAUAAAAGUGGUGUUAUUUUAAUAGAGUGCUGUUGUGUUAAAGACAUUCAACAUGAAUAAAACUUGCGCGAGGUGCGAGAAAACAGUUUAUCCGACCGAGGAAUUGAAAUGUUUGGACAAGGUGUGGCACAAAGGCUGCUUCAAAUGCCAGGAGUGCGGCAUGACGCUCAACAUGCGCACCUACAAAGGAUACGGGAAAUUGCCAUAUUGUGAAGCACAUGUGCCAAAAGCGAAGCCAACCACAAUGGCGGAGACGCCGGAGCUGAAGCGGAUAGCGGAAAACACCAAGAUCCAGAGCAACGUGAAGUACCAUGCCGACUUUGAGAAGAGCAAGGGGAAAUUCACACAGGUAGCAGACGAUCCGGAGACCCUUCGAAUCAAGGCGAACACGAAGAUAAUAAGCAACGUGGCGUACCACGGCGAGCUGGAGAAGAAGGCACAGAUGGAGCGGCAGCGGCAGAUAAACGAGAACGGGGAGCUUGUCGACGUACCGUCCGACAACUACCACCAGCAAAUCGACAAUUACGCGACCGAAAUGCUAUCGCCGACCAUGCCGCCGCCGAACCUUCCCCCCAAAAACCACUACCACAUCCCCACCACCCAGUACCAGCCCCAGGUCACUCACAACCAGGUCCCGCACAACCAAGUCCCGCACAACCAGGUCCCUCACAACCAAGUCCCGCACAAUCAAGUCCUGCCCACACAGCACGUACCACAGCAGGUUGUCCAGCCGCAGUCCGCUAAUCGGUACCCAGAUCAGUACUACAAGCCGAAGGAGGAGUACUCCUAUCAGUACCAAGACUAUCCGAAUCAUGGACAGUACUAUGGCGGGGGGCAGUACACGCAGAAUUAUGGCGCGGCUCAGCCGAAGAUCGGCAGGAUCCAGGACUAUGACCCGCUGAGUGACGGCCCUCGCGCCCCUCCCAACACGCAGCGAGCUUCCGCCACCGUCAUUUAUAACAGCACCAGUGAUAAACAGAGAGGCGCGCACCAGUCGCAGCAGCCGCAGAGCAGGCAGAUCGGACGCGUCACGGAUCUAGACCCGCUCGCCAACGAACUGCCCAGACCGCCUUCCACGCAGAACCAGCGAGUGUACAUCGCGAUGUACGACUACGAGGCGAAUGACAGCGACGAGGUGUCGUUCCGGGAAGGCGACCUGAUCACGGAGGCGUCCGCCAUCGACGAGGGCUGGAUGACGGGCCGCGUGGCGCGCACCGGCCGCGCCGGCAUGCUGCCCGCCAACUACGUCGAGCCCGCGCCGCACCACGCGCACUAACCGCAACGCGCACCCGCAACACGAAACACGCAACCACACUCGCGUCUAACUACCUGCACUCACCAUAGGCGAAUACUAUGCACGUAUACUGCAUUAUAACAUGUAUUCGUUAUAAAUUAGAAGAUCUUAAAAUGGUUAUAAAAUUCUAAAUUUUAUUUAUAUUUAUUGAAAUGUUGGCCAAUCAGAACGUACCUCGUGACUUGAUUUUGACCAAUCGCAGAUGAGGCGUCUACUAAUUGGUUAAAACAUUUUCUUUAACCUCAACGAACAUGCUAACUUCCUUACAUCUUAUGACUGAUAUAAUAAAUUAUUUCUUAAUGACACCGAUAAUUCGACAAUUAAAGUCUUCAAUUGAAAUUUCAAUAGAUUAUAGAUAUAAAAUCAAGACUUUAGUGCCUUAUGUGCGUGCACUUUAAUCGUCCAAAUAUAAAGGUACGUGUGCGCGAGCGGUUCGUUCUAAUGAUUUCGUGGUUGUUUUAAUAAUGGCGCGUUUAUUGAAAUUUGUUACGUUAACGAUACACGCAUUGUAUAUAAGUUUCUGUCAAUUUUUGGAUUACAGACCCUUGAAAUACGUUUUUAACUAUAUUUGGCUUAUUAGCAACAUUGAGGGCGCGAGCACCCAUCGGAGUAUUCUCCAAGCUUUAUAUAUAAUUUUAUUCUCACCAGACUAUCUUGAGAUUUCACUGAUAAAAGACACCUUGUUUGGUUUAUAAAACGAUUUCCAAAAGUCUAUGUGCCUGAAAAAUAACCGCGUUCUAUUUUACUCGAGGAUUUUAGUCUUGUAAUUUAGAAUUUAAAAUUACCACUGGAUCAUCUAUGCAGGCAAUAUUUUAUUAAUUGUUAGCAUAGUUGGACGAAAUUUGUAACACCUUCAAGGGUCUGUAUUACCAAAACUGUGACAGAUUUCCACACUAAACACUCACUGAACGAUGUUCGUAAUAUAUUUAUACUGUAUCUUAUGAUAAAGUAUUAUAUUUUUAAAGUUUUAUAUUUAUACACUGUGACGUGACGCGGCACUUGUGACGUCACGCGGCGCACAGUGCUCGGAUAAGCUCGAUUGUUGUCAGGGGAGAAGGAUGCAACGCAUUUAUAUAACAAUAUUGACAAUUUUUUUUUUAUACAACUGGCCUAAAGUGCCCCAUCUCCCCUAAAUAUUACUUAAGUUAAUAUUGACUUUUAAUCACAUGUUACACCCACUGGCAUGGACAAUAUAUUUUAUAGUUAUUGACACAUUCAACUGUUAAGACUACACUAUGUGAAGGCGCAUGCGCAGAUUCUGUCUAUGGAACACCUAAAUGCUAUAUGCCAGUGGGUGCAUUAUCACAGUUAAGUGGAUCAAUAAUACUGUUGCAUUUUAUAUGCAUUCCAUUUUUAUAUAAAUUAGAUUCGCAAUAUACUAUUGGUAUUGGCGAUAAAUAUUGUUGCCCAGAGUCGUCUCGUGGCCUUAAGCUAAGUCAUAUAGCUGUUAUAUCACUCCAGUUAAUUGACAUCGCUUGAACCAUUUUAAUAUUAUUUAUUAUUAUUUAACGAACAAACUCGAUAUAAAGUUUUAAUCAGACAUUUUUAUAUUUUUAUGUGAUACAUAUGGCGUAUUAUGUUUCGAAUGUACUCUACUUGCCUAGCCGACUGUCUGGUUUAAGUCGUUAGUUGGGGUUGAGAUGGGUGAUUAUCAAAAUAUAUAUUGCGAUAUCAAUUAUAUACAUCUAAUACCUGUUCCACACCUUCGACUGUUACGAUUCUUUGUCGCACUUAUACGUGAAUUUUUUAUAAAGGCGCUAUGCUUUUAUAAAACAUAACAUGCAACCAGAGCAGGUGUAAAAGAGGUAUAGAGUUGGUGAAUACUUGUUAUAAUAGUCAAUGUCCCCAUCUCGCGGCGGCCCAGCGCCUCCGUCGGUAUGCCUUGUAAAUAUUUUUAUCAUUAGCUGUAAGGUUACUAAACGUUUUUAAAUAGUUACGCAUCGCAUAAUAAACUUUGUUUUUAUUCAGUUAAAGUUUAAAACACAUUCCGUGUUCGUUAAUCAUGUUUCUGUAAGGGAUAAGCGAUCGGGCACACCGUAGUAUACUUAGUUAAUCCUUUUAUUUUACCUCAUAUCAUACAAAUUCUGCAACAACUCAAAAUUCCUUUGCUAUGAACGGACUGUUAAACUUUCGCUUUUCUAUUUACUGAUUAAAAACUACCGUAAAGCACAAUUCUAUGCGUAGAUAAUAUAACGCAAUAUAUUACAGUUGUGUACCGGCUUUAAUAAUAGAUAAAUAAAUAAUGGAUGGUGUGCCCGCGCCCUUAUCACGUAGUCGCGAGUCAUGUUAUUUAUUACAAAGUCGCGUUGUUAUAGUCGCAUCACAUUAUGGUACGGGAACAAUAUAAAUUUUUUACAGUGCCUUCUUAUUGAAAUAAAUAUUUUAUAUAAGCUA